UACUUAAUCUCCAGUGAAGGCCUCAGCAAGAAGAGCGGGGUGUGUAACUAACUAGCUUGGCCGGGCAAUCCGUCGCUCCCAAGAGCGACUGACCCGGUGGACAUUAACGCGCUUGUAGUUGUUCUGUUCAGCGUUUGUUUUCUUUUGAUUUGCUUGAUUUAGCACUAAAAAAAUUUUUUCUCGCGCAGCAACAUGUUGUCGCGCACGGGUGUACGAAUCUCCCGCUCAGCGGGUCGUCACGCAUGGGGCACGACGACUUCGGAAAGUGUGCUCGCGGAAACUGUACGUAGCUCGGGGCCGCUUUCUUGCGUUCCCGGCCGCCAUGCUGCGUCUGCUGACAGUAGCAGUUCAGCGAGUUGCUCUUCAGGGAUUGUCGCGCACUCUUCACCAGGCGGAGUUGUUGGUACGGGUGCUGCAAACGUGGCCAUGGCAGGUAUGCAUACUGGAACGUUUCGUCGCGGUAGCAGCAGAAGUGCUGCGAUUGAUGCCCUUACUGCACUUUUUCUAUACGCGUAAAUUAAUAAGUUGAUAGGCCGAUGCAUGAGCAUGACAAUGCCAUCUGGAGGAGUCGCCGUGUAGCGAGACAAGCACAAACAAAAUUUGCAGGCUCUCCGCUUUUCUUCACGGAUUUCGAUAAACCAUUUUACGCCGCGGAACUGCCCUUCGCAAUUGCAGGUAUUGAUGUAGUGAAUGUAGGACUCAUUGAUUUGCUCUCAAUUUCCGCUGCUCCCGAAUCUUCACUCGCAUUUUUGUUCGCCGGAAUGGUUCGUUCGUAUGCAUAACACGCUCUGCGGCCCAGAAUCUUGAUGAAUCGCUUGACCAGCGCUUAUUUUUACGAACGAUUUUCCUUUUCGUUCCUCAGAUUCUAUUUCCAAUUGUAAACGGAGCUCGAGUUGUUUCAGUUUCUUGCAUCGCAAAUUAGUAUUCCGUCGAAAUUUCCUUGUGAUUCCUCUGAUAUGCAGGGCAAAUUGACGGGUUGGUGCAGUCGAUGGGUGAGAGCGAGCAUGGGCCGCUGCUCCUCGCCGGUUUGGUCGGCGUGACCACGCUGAGGAUGGGAAUCUACUACGGGUUUUUUCAACCGUCCUACCUGUGGCACUUUCAGGAGAACUACGGGCAGAGCUGGAAGGUGGGGCAUCACCUGUAUGGGCACAAUUUGCCAAACCCGCUGAAAAAGUGAGAAAAGCGGCGAUAGAUACCGAUCGCGGAUUUCUUCUUUCAUAGGACAUGCGCUUUUCAGGUGAAGCCUGAUGAGUGUCAUUGUGCAAGCAACUCCUUCAUGACAACAGCGGGUCGAGCGGACAACAUGUUACCAGCACCUGCAGCUCUGCAGCAUCGGAGAUUCGCGAAGUCAGAAAUAGUCAGACGAAGAACAUCUGCAUGUCUUGAGCAAGGUAAGAAUGCCCGCAUCUUCAGUUUGUGGAAUUUUAUCACCGCACAAUCAAAUUACGAAGAAAAGGACUAUGGCCUAAGGAUCCUGCUACUACUUUCACCUCUGGAAUCGAAAUUUGAGUGUUGUAAAAGUACAGUGC